GUAGAGUGGGGGGGAGGCCGUGCUCUCUCACACACACACUUGUGAAGCAGAAUCAGGAAGUCAGAGGGAAAACACACAGACAUGUUUGAUCACGAUGACAUGACGGAGGGGAGGAGGAGGAACAGGAACAGGGCCUGAAUCUUUUACCUCGUACUACAACACCCACACCACCGAUUCCUCCCCCCCUCCUCCCUCUGCUACGCCCGGCCGGCGCUGCUGAUCAGGCACAUAACAUCCAAUGUCUACACCAACAGACCCGGGUGCCAUGCCUCACCCGGGGCCAUCUCCUGGGCCUGGGCCUUCACCGGGCCCCAUCCUAGGACCUAGUCCAGGACCAGGACCUUCUCCAGGAUCUGUACACAGUAUGAUGGGUCCUAGCCCCGGACCUCCUAGUGUCUCUCACCCACUCUCAAACAUGGGCACAGAUUAUCCACCAGAGGGCAUGCAUCAAAUGCACAAGCCCCCCAUGGAGAGCAUACAUGACAAAGGAAUGUCUGAUGAAAUUCACUGUGCUACUAUGAAAAGCUCAAACAUGAGGCCUCCACAUGCUGGUAUGGGUCCUCCCCAGAGCCCAAUGGAUCAGCACAGUCAAGGGUACAUGUCUCCUCAUCCAUCCCCCUUGGGGGCUUCAGAACAUGUGUCAAGUCCAAUGUCAGGUGGAGGCCCAACACCCCCACAAAUACCACCAGCUCAACCUGGACUCAUGAUACAAGGGGAGCAGCAAGUGAUAAGCCAGCCAAGUCGUGGUCCCUCAGCAUUUAGCCAGGUGCAACUUCACCAGCUUCGUGCACAAAUAUUGGCUUAUAAGAUGUUAGCCAGAGGACAGCCAUUGUCUGAAAAUCUGCAACUAGCUGUACAGGGAAAGAGGACACUGCCCGCAAUGCAGCAACAACCACCACCACAGCAACCGCCUCAAACACAACAGCAGCCACCACCACAACAACCCCUUGGUAAUUACAAACCUCCAGGUAUGGGAAUGCAUACAAUGGGAGUUCCCCCUUCCGGGACAGGACCAGCUCCAGGAAUGGCUGGGCAUGCAGCUAGCAUGGCUCCUAAACCAUGGGCAGAAGGACAAACUACUGAUCUUGGUGUAGCAAGCACUCCUCAGAAACUUGCUGUGCCGCCCCCAAGUGGAAGGCCAUCACCAGCACCACCUACAGCUGCUCCCACUGUUGCUCUGCCAGGUCCAUCAGUUCCCCAGCCAACUCCUGGGCAGCCAGCUCCUAUUGUACAGCUCCAGCAGAAACAGAACCGCAUCAGCCCCAUUCAGAAGCCUCAGGGACUGGAUCCUGUUGAAAUACUACAAGAAAGAGAAUACAGACUUCAAGCUCGUAUUGCCCAUAGGAUCCAGGAACUGGAAAAUUUACCUGGCUCGCUACCGCCUGAUCUGCGAACCAAGGCCACAGUGGAGUUAAAGGCCCUUAGACUUUUAAACUUUCAGCGCCAGUUGAGACAGGAAGUUGUGGCAUGCAUGCGACGGGAUACCACUCUUGAGACUGCUCUGAACUCUAAAGCUUACAAGAGAAGCAAGCGACAAACACUGCGCGAGGCUCGAAUGACUGAAAAGUUGGAGAAGCAGCAAAAGAUCGAACAAGAGAGGAAGCGCAGACAAAAACACCAGGAAUAUCUCAACAGUAUAUUGCAACAUGCAAAAGAUUUUAAGGAGUACCACAGAUCUGUCACUGGCAAAAUACAAAAACUUUCCAAAGCUGUUGCUACAUGGCAUGCGAAUACUGAAAGAGAACAGAAGAAGGAGACUGAACGAAUUGAGAAGGAAAGAAUGAGAAGACUUAUGGCUGAAGAUGAAGAAGGAUACCGAAAACUGAUUGAUCAGAAAAAAGAUCGCCGUCUGGCCUAUCUGCUCCAACAAACUGAUGAGUAUGUAGCAAAUCUCACCAGCUUGGUGUGGGAGCACAAAAAAGCACAAGCUGCCAAGGAGAAAAAGAAGAGGAGAAGAAAGAAGAAGAUUGAAGAGAUCGCUGAAGGAAUUGUAUCUGGCCUUGGCCCUGAUGGAGAGCUUAUAGAUGAAAGCAGUCAGAUGAGCGACCUGCCCGUAAAGGUUAUUCACACAGAAACAGGGAAAGUGCUUCAUGCUCCUGAUGCACCUAAAGCCAGUCAGCUUGAGACAUGGUUGGAGAUGAACCCAGGCUAUGAAGUUGCUCCUAGAUCUGAUAGUGAAGGAAGCAGCUCAGAAUAUGAAGAAGAGGAUGAAGAUGAAGAGUCUAGCAGAUUGGAAUUGGAUGAAAAAAGGAGUGCUGAACUGAUCCAGAGCCUUGCAGAACACAGCGCUAAGCACAUCAUUGAGACUGCAAAGCAGGAUGUGGACGAUGAAUAUAGUAUGCAGACAGAUGAACAACAAUUACAAUCUUACUAUGGAGUGGCUCAUGCCGUUACAGAGAGGGUGGAAAAACAAUCCUCCCUCCUUAUCAAUGGUUCUCUUAAGCAUUACCAGGUUCAGGGUUUGGAAUGGAUGGUUUCUCUAUAUAACAACAAUUUAAAUGGAAUUCUAGCUGAUGAAAUGGGGCUUGGAAAGACAAUUCAGACUAUUGCGCUCAUAACAUAUCUGAUGGAGCACAAGAGGCUUAAUGGUCCCUAUCUCAUUAUUGUUCCACUCUCGACAUUAUCCAACUGGCAAUAUGAGUUUGAUAAAUGGGCUCCUUCUGUGGUUAAAAUCGCAUACAAGGGAACGCCGGCUAUGAGACGGGGUCUGGUGCCACAGCUUAGAAGUGGAAAAUUUAAUGUCCUUUUGACCACCUAUGAAUACAUCAUAAAAGACAAGCACAUCCUUGCUAAAAUCCGAUGGAAGUACAUGAUUGUCGAUGAAGGACAUCGGAUGAAAAAUCAUCACUGCAAGUUAACCCAGGUGUUAAACACGCAUUAUGUUGCUCCAAGGCGAAUCUUGCUAACAGGCACCCCACUGCAGAACAAAUUACCAGAGCUUUGGGCCCUUCUGAAUUUCUUGUUGCCUACCAUCUUCAAAAGCUGCAGCACCUUUGAGCAGUGGUUUAAUGCUCCUUUUGCCAUGACUGGAGAGAGGGUGGAUUUAAAUGAAGAAGAAACUAUAUUGAUCAUCCGCCGUCUGCAUAAAGUGUUGCGGCCAUUUUUGCUGAGACGAUUGAAGAAAGAAGUUGAGUCGCAGCUGCCAGAAAAGGUUGAAUAUGUAAUUAAAUGUGACAUGUCGGCUCUCCAAAAGGUCCUUUACCGCCACAUGCAAGGAAAAGGUAUUCUCCUCACCGAUGGAUCUGAAAAAGAUAAGAAGGGUAAAGGUGGCGCAAAAACACUUAUGAAUACCAUCAUGCAGUUAAGAAAGAUCUGCAAUCACCCCUUCAUAUUCCAGCACAUCGAGGAAUCCUUUGCCGAACAUCUGGGAUAUGCUAAUGGUAUCAUCAACGGGCCUGACUUGUACAGAACUUCAGGAAAGUUUGAGUUGCUUGAUCGAAUUUUACCAAAGCUCAGAGUCACAAAUCAUCGUGUUCUGCUUUUCUGUCAGAUGACAUCUCUCAUGACUAUAAUGGAAGAUUACUUUGCUUUUCGGGGCUUUCUUUACCUUCGCCUUGAUGGUACUACAAAGUCAGAAGACAGAGCUGCAUUACUGAAAAGAUUUAAUGAAGAAGGUUCAAAGUUCUUCAUCUUCUUGCUGAGUACUAGGGCUGGAGGUUUGGGACUAAACCUGCAGGCUGCAGAUACAGUCGUCAUUUUUGACAGUGACUGGAAUCCUCAUCAGGACUUACAAGCACAGGACAGAGCGCAUAGGAUUGGUCAGCAGAAUGAAGUGCGCGUGUUGCGUCUGUGCACUGUAAAUAGUGUGGAGGAGAAGAUUCUUGCAGCUGCCAAGUACAAACUGAAUGUUGAUCAAAAGGUUAUUCAGGCCGGGAUGUUUGAUCAGAAAUCCUCAAGCCAUGAAAGGAGAGCAUUUCUUCAGGCCAUUCUGGAACAUGAAGAGCAGAAUGAGGAGUUGUUUUCCGAAGGAAAGAGUAAAGAUAUUCUUGCUGGGAGCCAAAAGAAAGAUGAACUUUCAGGAGAUAAUUGCCAAGAAGGUGCCAGCCAGGAGGAAGAUGAGGUUCCUGAUGAUGAAACUCUAAACCAGAUGAUUGCACGGCAUGAAGAGGAGUUUGAGCUUUUCAUGCGUAUGGAUCUAGAUCGCCGCAGGGAAGAUGCCCGAAAUCCAAACCGUAAGCCACGUUUGAUGGAAGAAGAUGAUCUUCCCUCUUGGAUCAUCAAGGAUGAUGCUGAAGUUGAACGUCUCACUUGUGAAGAAGAGGAGGAGAAAAUAUUUGGCAGAGGAUCGCGCCAUCGGAGGGAUGUAGAUUAUAGUGACGCCCUUACAGACAAACAGUGGCUCAGAGCAAUCGAGGACGGGAAUUUGGAGGAAAUGGAAGAGGAAGUCCGGCUGAAAAAGCGCAAGAGGCGAAGACAUGUGGAUAAAGAGGUGGUGGUUGUUGUGAAAGAAGAUGGUGAAAAGAAAGAGAAAAAGAGAAGGGGGCGACCUCCUGCUGAAAAGUUGUCACCAAAUCCACCAAAGCUGACCAAACAGAUGAAUGCUAUAGUUGAUACUGUAAUAAACUAUAAAGAUAGCUCUGGACGACAGCUAAGUGAAGUCUUCAUCCAGCUUCCCUCCAGAAAAGAACUGCCAGAGUAUUAUGAAUUAAUCCGUAAACCUGUUGACUUCAAAAAAAUAAAGGAAAGAAUUCGUAAUCACAAAUAUAGAAGUGUAAGUGACUUGGAGAAGGAUAUCAUGUUGCUUUGUCACAACGCACAGACAUUUAACCUAGAAGGAUCACAGAUAUAUGAAGAUUCAAUUGUGCUACAAUCGGUCUUCAAGAGUGCAAGACAAAAGAUUGCAAAAGAGGAGGAAAGUGAAGAUGACAGCAAUGAAGAUGACGAUGAGGAUGAUGAAGAUGAAUCCGAAUCUGAGUCAAAAUCUGUGAAGGUGAAAAUCAAGUUAAAUAAGAAGGACGAAAAGAAUCGAGAUAAGGGAAAAGGGAAAAAGCGACUGAGUCGAGGGAAAGCCAAACCAGUUGUCAGUGAUUAUGACAGUGAUGACGAUCUAGACGAUAAUGAUCAAUCUGAUGUAACCGGAAGCGACGAUGAGUGAUACACAAGUAACCUGUUUUCUUGGCGAAGUUUGUCAUUUUCUAGUUUCAACUCAUCCAAUGUUUUUUUGGGUUUUUUUUCUAAUAAAAAUGAGAAAAUACACAAUGGGGUUGUAUCACUACUCAUCAUCUAGAAGGAACGUUAGACUAGUGUCAGACAUACAUGAUCUCGUCGUGUUCAAAAAAAAAAAAAAAGAUUUUUGUAACAUUGUCACCAAAAUGGGCCUGCAAUAUGAAGCAAGUGUCACAUUUUUAAAGAAAAACUGUGGAUUGUUAGUACAUUUCUGUAGGUGGACAUUUAGCUGGGUCCCCUGUACCUGGUUUCCUAUGCUAUGGUGCAGCUUACAUCAGUGCAAAGCUGAAAAACAAUUUUUGUAGCAACUUGAACUGGGGCAAACUGAUACAAGUAACUGGUUAUUUUAUUUUUCAUCAGGCAAUUUUAUUGGUUUUAUGUUGCUGUGGUUCAGUAUUUUUAUUUUUUAAUUAUUAUUAUUUUUUUUUUUUCAUUUUUUGAUUAUGGUACAUAUAUGCAACUCUCAUGUACUGAUUAACCUUUUUGCUGCUAGAAGGGCCUUCGGUAUCUUGCUUGGCUUUGGCUCUGCUAGCGCAUAAAGUGUUAAUUUGCUGUUCUUUUCCUAAUGUUUCCUCUCCCAGCCUCUUGUUUUUCCCCACUUUAAACAGAGUUCUAAACUUAUAAACUAUAUGGUUAAAGUAAUGUUUUUUUGUUUUUUUUUGUUGUUUCUAUUACAAUUUCUAUUUGUUAUGAAGAAGUUUGGUUAAACAUGUUAAUUGUUGCAAACUAUAUAUAGUAUAUUGGAAUGCUUUUUUCUCCCUUUCUCCUUUUUCUUUAAACUUUGUUACCAAUGUGGAUAAUCAGCUUUUCCCUGAAGUGUACUUAAUCUUUGCUUUCUUUGCACAAUGUCUUUGGUUGCAAUUCAUAAGCCUGAGGCAAAUAAAAUCCCAGCAAUUUUGAGAAAA